CGUGUAACCAACGAUGAAAUAUACAGGAGGUCUACUCAAUACAGAUUUUGGUCGUUUGAUGAAGACAAAAUUGAAGACCUCAGAGUAACUGUGAAUCGACGGGGGCAGGAGGUUUUUGAAAAUCGAGUUUCUGAACUGGACGAUGAUGCAGAUGCACUCAUCAAAAAAUAUAUCUCAGAAAGUUUCAGCCCGAUAAGCGUCGAAGAGGAACGUUUGAUUGUGGUUUACUACGCCCGAAAAUGCAAAGAUCUUGCCAACUUUUUCAAGUUUACCACACAGGUUCGGUUGACAGCCAUAUCCUUCCUGCUCAAAUUCUAUCUGGUUCAUAGUAUAAUGGAGUACUACCCACAGCAGAUAAUGUACACCUGCUUAUUCUUGAGUGCCAAAAGCGAGAACAACUUCAUUGGAAUCAACAACUUUUCGAAAACCAUACCAAAAACAACACCAGAGAGUAUAUUGAAAUACGAAUAUACCAUUCUAGAGACGAUGCGGUUUACUCUCAUGUGUCACCAUCCGAUGAGGCCGUUAUACGGGUUUUAUCUCGAUAUUCAAAAUGUCUUAACAAAACUUGACUUCAACCGUUUGUACAAGGACUACCUCGCAUGCCGUGAGAGGAUCAACGAGUCAGUGUUUAGUGACGUUCAAUUUCUUUAUACUCCUCCUCAGAUAGCGCUUGCCGCGUUAUAUAUUGUCGACGACGUGGUAUGCAUGAGAUAUUUGAUGAGAAAGUUCGAGGAGACCCCAGUCAACGAGCAAAAAGAUGCUGCUACGAUUGUUGAUAAAGGAGAAGAAAACAGUCCCGACGAAGCUGAAGCUAAAAAGGUAGAAAAAAAGCACACACCGUUGGAACGUUAUGAGAAGAUGAUUGAACUGAUAAAAGAAUGUUCAGUCAAGAUGCAAGAAAAAGUCGAUCCUACUGUUGAAGAAGCAAAGGUGAUCUCAUUACGUGCACACUUUUGUCUAGACCCUGUGAAAUAUUUUAAGAAACUA